AUGGAGAAUUACUUUAGAGCCGUGAGAGCUGAAUCAGAGGAUGGCAAGGUCUCCAUGGCAACGAUGUACUUGUCUGCAGAUGCCAAAGUGUGGUGGAGGACGAAGUACGACGAUAUUCAGAACGGCAGAUGCACCAUAACAACAUGGGAAGAUUUAAAAAGAGAGUUGAAGACACAGUUUCUCCCUGAAAAUGUUGCCUGCAUAGCUCAACGCCAGUUGAGAGAGCUGAAGCACACGGGAACAAUCCGAGAAUACGUGAAAAAAUUCUCUGGGUUGAUGCUGGACAUCAAAGACAUGUCCAAAGUGGACAAACUCUUCACGUUUUUAGAAGGUGUUUUCUUAGCCUUAUUAGUCUAUGUUGAUGAUAUAGUUAUUGCAACUAACAAUGUUUCAGAUCUUAAUGACUUCAAACACACACUUGACAUCAAGUUUAAAUUGAAAGACCUUGGUCCUUCACGUUCUUUUCUUGGUCUUGAAAUAGGUAGGUCCAGCAAAGGCAUCUCUGUUUCACAACGUCCCUUCACUUUGCAACUUCUACAAGAAUCUGGUUAUAUUGGUGCAAAGACUGCCUCCACACCCAUGGAACCAAAUAUAAAGUUAAGCAAAGAUGAAGGCCAACCAAUAUCUGAUCCUACGGUGUUUAGAAGUAUUAUUGGGAAGCUCAUAUACAUCACUAUUACCUGGCUCAACAUCAAUUAUGUUGUUAAUCGCCUCAUCCAAUUUCUACAAGACCCUCGGCAGCAACAUUUGUAUGUUGCCCAUAGGAUUUUACAGUAUCUCAAAGGCACUCUAGACCAAGGAAUUUUCUUCUACGCCAAAGCUCUCGAUCCUUUACAACUCAAAGUCUUCACUGAUGCUAAUUGGGGGAGCUGCAUUGACACUCGGAGAUCCAUCUCAAAGUAUCAUGCCAUGGAAAAUGCUACAUGCAAAGUCACUUGGCUCCUCGCUAUGAUCAAAGAUUUCCAAAUACCUCUCAAGGCUUCUACUGUGUUGUAUUGUGACAACUCAGCCGCUAUUCACAUAUCAGAAAACCCAGUUUUCCAUGAGAGCACAAAGCACAUGGAGAUAGAUUGUCAUAUUGUUUAA